UUCCACCAACCGUUCAACACUAACAAAAUGCAGACCUUCAUUGCUUUCUUGGCCUUGGCAGCUGUUGCUCUUGCCGACAACGCUCCCUACAAGCCCGCCCCUUCCUAUAAGGAGCAACCCGCUGCCUACCAAUACCAAUACGCCGUGGCUGACGACUAUGCCGGAGUCAACUUUGCUCAAAAUGAGGCCCGUGAUGGUUAUGCCACCAACGGUGAAUACCGUGUUGCCUUGCCCGAUGGUCGCACCCAAAUCGUGACCUAUAAUGUGGGUGAUGCUUACUCCGGAUAUGUGGCUGAUGUGCGAUAUGAGGGAGAGCCCAAGUACGAGUCCUACAAGCCCAAACCCGCUCCUUACAAGCCGGCCCCUUACAAGCCCGCUACUUACAAGCCCACUCCCUCUUACUCCGCCUAAUAAGUGUCCCCUCCGGACUUUCCUCUUAUUUAUUUUUGAAAAUAUUUAUGGAGAAAUACAAUGCUAC